AUGCCCGUGGAUCCCGAGCAACUGUCGGAGGAGAACCAGAGGCUCAAAAAGGAGUUGCAGCACUUGCAGCAUCAGCGAGACCGGGAGAAGAAUGACUUCGAGGCCAGGAUCGCCUCGGAGCGGGACUUGGGCAAGAGCCACCAGGAGGCUGCAAUGCAGAGGACCCAUGAACUAGAAGCAAUGAAGAGCAAGAUGGUGAAGUUGACUCGGCAGCUCGACGAAGAAGUGCAGAAGCGCGACCAGGUGUCUGCCGAGUCCCAGCAACUGGAGAGACGAGUUCAAGAUCUUACCAAAGGUGGCAGCAUUUCAUCGCAACAGCUUCCCGUUUCGCCCACGAGUACUCAGAACGAUGAGCAGGCGCUUCGGGAGCGCGGUAGCCAGGUUUCCACCAAGUUGAUGCGGGUGGUGGACCAGUGGAUGCGGGCACGCGACCUGCAGCAAGCUUUGCUUCGCGGAGCCUCCAUCAACGACACGGCUUUUGCCACCCUGGUGCAGGCCUUGAAUGACUGCCCCUCCCUGCAGACCCUCGACCUAUCGCAGAACCUGCUGACCAUGGACUCCUGCUCGGACCUGUGCCAGCUCAUCACCACCGCGCCGAGCCUCUCCUUCAUCUCCAUCGCGGAGAACCUAUUCUCGCUGCGCUCCGUUGGCUACUUCAUGACAGCAGUCAUGGAACGGCAGAACACCAAGAAGCUCAUGCCAUUGGACCUCCUGGAUUUGCAGGGCAACGAGGGCCUGCUGGCCGCGGCGGCCGCCCCUGUGCCGGAGGCCCUGCUGAGUCAAGUGCAGCAGGCCACCAAGGCGCGGCUGCCUCCAGGAGGCCUGGAGCUGGUGGCCCAGGUCAUGCGUGCCCUUUGGCGCUUCCUGCACGACACCGCCCAUCCUCAGGUCAAGGAUGCAAGCGAUGAAGAGGUUGCGUUCUACAUCAUGGACAAAAUCACGCUCAGAAAGAUGGAGAACGCACUCAUGAAGAUUCUGCUGCUGGGUGCUGAUUCUGCCAUUGAUGCAGGCUCCGUGCAGUACCGUCCGGUGACCGCCAACUUGGCCUUUGCAUCAACCAUGGAGGCUGCUAUGGAGGACGCAAGACCUCCGCCAGCCCCCACUCCCACACAAGGGACAGCAGAGAAGCAACGGCAGGGUGCAGGAUACCCACAGCAAGCAAAGCCGCACAAGAAUGCAACACAAGAUAAGGGAUCCCAGCGCACUGCGGACCCUUUCGCUGACUUGAAGACAGCCUUUGAGCCGCAGCGCGAAAAAUUGAAGACCUUCAAUCUGAAGCAGAUCGUGACCAGGAACGGCACAGUGCUCAUGAACAUGCUGGAGCGGUUGUUAGAGACCACUGAGAUUGAUGCCAGGGACGUGGAGACGGAGCAGACCUUGCUGGAGUAUGCUUGCCACACAGGCAACAUGGGCCUGGCCAAGCUCUGCUACCGCCGGGGGGCGAACUUGUCUGCCAAGACGGAGAAGGGUGAGACGGCAUUCAACAUCGUCACAAAGAACAAGCGCUACGAUCUCAUGGAAUUCUUUCACAACUAUGGGGUGAAGAUCAAUUCGGCGGAUUCCCUUGGCAGGACCGCUCUUCAUGUCGCCGCCGAAAAUGACGAUGUGGACGGCGUUUGCCGACUCAUUGAGUGGGGCGCGGACGUGAACAUUAGGGACAACAAGAAGAGGACACCCAUCCACGUAGCUGCGGCCUUUGGUAACAUGAAGACUUCGAUGCUGUUGCUCGAGGUGGGUGCCGACAUGAAUGCCAAGGAUGAUCGCGAGUACACCGCCGUGGCGCAUGCCGAGGCGAAAAACCAUUUUGUUCUCAUGGACCGGCUUGUGCAGCUGGGAGGGAGGGGUCACGGUCUUCAUCAAAAGAAGGAGCAAGAUUUGUCCAAGUCCAAGUCUGCCAAGAUGAUCGGGGAGCUGGUGGUUUCUUCUGGGCUGCUUAAGAGCACCUCGCUUGGAAGGAUUGGCAAGGUGGCAGUGAAGGGGAUGUCUGGCCCACUGCGGCCCAAAGAAUUUGGCAAAACCACCUGA